GAAGGUGUGCAACCAAGGGAUUAUCCCUGAAGAUGUGCAGCUAAGGGGUUGUUUCUGAAGAUGUGCAACCAGAGGGGUCAUUCCUGGAGGUUUGCAACCAAGGGGUUAUCCCCGAAGAUUUGCAACCAGGAGAAGAUCUGCAAGCAGAGGGGUUUAUUCCUGGAGGUCUGCAGCCCCCUCUGCCAUUGCCCAGCCGGGCUCAGGGGCACCCCCAGCCUGCCCUGCUCCGAGCUGCCUGGAAGACUGCAAUGCCCUGGCUCAGUGCUCUUAUUAUGAUGUCUGUCCUGGGUGGGGGGGUCCCUCCUCCUCCUCCCCGGGGCGAGCUGGUCUGGCAGCGAGCUCGCCUUUGCUUGCACGUCACAAGUUUGACAGCUUUGCACCAAAUCAGAUCGCGGGGCUGGCAGAGAGGUCCGAGGCGUCACCGGGAGCUCCUUUAGAUUAGGACAAGCCUCCCCGGGCUGCCCCCCCUUCAGAGCCGGGGAGAGCUCGCCGGGGCUUUAAGGCACCGGUGCUGCUCGGACCUGCCUUGCAAGCUCGCCCCUGCGAUGAGCACCGCGCUGCCCCGCCCGGAGCCGCCCCUCGCAGGGGGCCAGGCGGGCUCCUGCUCCUGCUCCUGCUGCCGCUCCAGCUCCAGCUCCAGCGCCUGCCCGUCAGCCGCCAGUGUUGAUGUCUCCAAGGAGACCCGGGUUUCUUUCUGGGCUGCCGGUCUCCCGGACAACAGCGGCGAGGGACAGCCCGGCGACCCGUUCUGUGAUUUGGAUUUUGCUGGUCAGGAUGACGUGUGGCCAGGAGACCAGCUGUCCUCCCAGCUCUACAGAAACAAGCAGCUUCAAGAUACCUUGCUGCAGAAGGAAGAGGAACUUGCUAGGUUACAUGAAGAAAAUAACAACCUCCGACAAUACCUGAAUUCAGCUUUGAUUAAGUGCUUGGAAGAGAAGGCCAAGAAACUGCUCUCGGGCAGCGGCCAGAGGGACCAUGCCAUCUUCAGAGGCGGCAAGAGGAAGGUCAGGGAGAACGAUUGCUUUGCCCCUCCAGAGUCUCCUCCGCUAGCAAAAGCCAGGAGAAACCUCUUCAGCGAGUUCACUGCCUGCGAAGAGCCCCCCCGCCCUGCGGUAGACAGCUGGGUGCUACAGACCCUUGGAUUAAAAGACAUCGACACCAUUGAUGAGUCGGUAUCAGCUAACUACAGCGCCCUGGCCGGCGAGCUGGGAGAGGACCCGUACUGCCCGCAGCCCGUGGAGGCCAUGGAUUACGACAGUGCAGAGGACCCCACAGCUCUGUACGGCUGCGAGCCUUUGACCCGCAUCCCCAGCACGGCCAGCCUCUGCAAGGAGGUUACACCCUAUCUCACCCCUCUCUCCUCAGCCCCUUGUGCAUCCUCCUCCGGGCAUGGUGACGUGCCUUUCCCCGCCUACGGAUUGCCCUAUUUCUCCCAGGAUGUGUCGCGCAACAAAACCGAAGUGGCCUUUACCACGUCCGUGAGCCCCCACCGCAACGUGAAGACGCACACCUUCCAGCAAGGCCAGGCCUUCGUGCGCCGUGACGAUGACGGGGGCUGGAAGUUCACGUGGGUGCCCAAGCAGUCCGAGUGACUGCACCGGCCGCUGGGGAUGGGUUUACAGACACUGAGCCAUUGCAGCCAGCCCCGCUCACGCUGGAGAGGGGCUGGGAGAACGGAAGCACUGCCCCUCCUAUGGGCUUUUCUCUCGCUGCACCCCUCAGCUCAUUUCACCCCCCCCUGCACGCUCCUGAGUGUGGCCAGAGCGGCUCCAGAUUGCACUGGGAAGUGUCUAAACUCUCUACCUGGGCUCUGACACAUAAACAGGCCCUCCUAGUCUGUUCUUUGCAUCUGCAAACCCAUCACUGCCAUGCAUCCCAACCUUCCUGCCACACCAGCCAA